CCAGCCCAACCUUCACGCACCGCAUUUCCCAAGGGAACCAUACCAGAGCGGCAGAGCCUUCCCCUCCGCUCCCCAGUCCCACCCGCACCCUAGCCCUCAGCAAACCCUAACCGCUCGUCGCCAUGAAGGACACCUCGUUCAAGGCCACCGGCGCCAAGCGCAAGAAGGUCGGCGGCGCCAAGCGCGGGCUCACCCCCUUCUUCGCGUUUUUGGCUGAGUUUAGGCCGCAGUACCUGGAGAAGCACCCUGAGCUCAAGGGCGUAAAGGAGGUGAGCAAGGCGGCUGGGGAGAAGUGGCGCUCUAUGUCGGAUGAGGAGAAGGCGAAGUAUGGCGGUAGCAAGAAGCAGGAUGGCAAAGCAAGCAAGAAGGAGAACACUAGCUCCAAGAAGGCCAAAGCUGAUGUUCGGGAGGGAGAUGAAGCAGAAGGUUCUAACAAGUCAAAAUCUGAGGUUGAGGAUGAUGAGCAGGAUGGUAAUGAGGACGAGGAUGAGUAAAUAGUACGAUGGGGAACAGCAGCUUUGCAAUUGAGUGUUUGCUGCUUUACUUAUUUUUCUAUAUGCUGUUCCUUUUGAUGUUAUAUGCUGUAAGGAAAAUCUGUACAUGAUGGUACCUUAGGGUAUGGCAUGCUGGAGUUCCCCUUUAACCCGAAGAGCCGGAUACUUUUGCCAGCCUCGUCAGCAUGUGUAAACAGUUGUUUUCUUGUUUUAUCGACUUAUUGGGUGACUACCCAAGAGUUGGUUUGUAGUCAAUGAGGUAUGCUGCCCCCUGUGGUGCUACGCAGCUGCAGCAACAUCAGAUGGUCAGGCUAAAAUCAUGUUGUGGGAUCUGAUUCUAAUGAUGCUUAUUUAGUACUAUUACAAAUAUC